AUGCGCCGCAGGCACUCGCUCAGGCGCUUGGUGUCGGCGCUGCCGGGCUGCGGCUCGCCAGGCUCGUCGCCGAUGCGCCGCAGGCACUCGCUCAGGCGCUUGGUGUCGGCGCUGCCGGGCUGCGGCUCGCCCAGCUCGGCCACGCUCAGCGCCACGGCCUGGGGGUCCCCGCAGCGCUCCACGCGGUCCCGCACGAACCGGGGACCACCCCCCACACACUCCGGGGGGCUCGGGGCUGGGGGGAUCCGGGGGGGUGCCAGUCUCCCAGCGCUGGUGGGCACUGGGGGUCCCUCCCCAUUUCCCCACCUGCUCUCCCCCCAGUUCCUGGGCAUCCUCCUCCUCGCCUUCAGCUUCUGGGUCCUGUUCGACCGGCAGAGCUUCGCCGCCGUGCUGGGGUCCCCGCUGGCCGGCCUGAGGCUCUGCUCCUACGGCCUCUCGGGGGUCGGCACGGCCGCCAUGCUGCUGGGCUUCCUGGGCUGCCUGGGGGCCCUCAAGGAGCUCAGGGCCCUGCUGGGGCUGUAUUUCGGGCUGCUGCUGCUGCUCCUCGCCGCCCAGGUCACCGUGGCCAUCAUCGUCUACACGCAGCGUGCCGCUGUGAGGGAGGGGGCAGCCCCGGCUGGGGGGCACCCCGGGGUCGUGGGGGGGACCCUGGAGUCGGGGGGGAUCCUGGGGUCCCCCUGCCGAGAGCGGCUGCUCGGACGAGUUCGCCCUGGACUGCACCUUCGCUGCCUGCGACCCCGAGCGGACAGGUAG